AGCACACAAAAAAACCACAUAUUAAAAGAUGUAAAGUUAUAAUUUUCAGAAAACAAAAUAACAUUGUAUAUAAACAUAUAUAUAUACAUAUAAAAUAUAAGAAAAAACCGGUUUCUUUAUCAAAAAAAAAAAAAAAAAUAUUGCAAAAGAAGCGCAAUUAAUUAACAUCGUCGCAUCAACACAAUUCAACAAAAAUAUUAUUUAUAACCGGUACAAAUUGAACCUACAUACAUAUUAUAUUUAUAUGAAUAAAAAAAAAUACUUAUAUACUCGUAUACUAUAAGAAGAAGAACUUUUAAACAAAACUUAAAAAACAAAUAAGAAACGAUAAAAAUCUAGUAAAAAUCUGAGAAUAAAAGGGAAUAAAAAAAAAAUAACAAUAGCAAAUAUAAAUAAACUAUUAAUUACCAAAGAAAACCCUUUUUUUAAAUUGGCUAUGAGGAGAAAAUUUUCUACAACAACAAUAUGUCAAAUAUCAUUACUACAUACAACUUUAAUUUGUCUAAUAUUAAUUAUAAGUUUAAGUAGUUCAAUUAAAAGUGCAAUUGUACCGCCACCAUGGAGUGAUCCUGAAAAAAAUCCGUGCGCCUUAAUGCCAGGCGGUUGGCAACUUUUAUAUUGGCCGCCAUUAAAAAAAUGCUUUAAAAUAUUUUCCGUUGGAUAUCCAUGCCCCGACACAAUGGAACUAAGUCCUGCAACAUUGACGGGAAAACAAAUGGCAAAGUUAGGUAUAACCGCUGAAUGUAAAUGCCCACCUGGAACAGCACAAAGCCGUAAAAAUCAAAAAUGUUAUCAAUUAUUUGAGCAAGGUCCUUGUUCAAAAGGAGAAUAUUUUAAUGAAGCACAAGAAUCAGUAGGAAGAAAACCAACAAUACGAUGGGGAAAAUGUGAAAAGCCCAGACCAUGUCCAAAAGGAAUGCUAUUUUGGCCAAGAGAUACAAAAUGCUAUACAAAAUUUACAAGGGGGCCAUGCCGUAAAGGCAAACUACUUGUUUUAGAUGAUGAUGAAAUUGCAAGAUGCGCUUGCAGUAAUUCAAAAGAACUAAAAGAGUACUUUUUCGAAGCAGAAGAAACUUGUCACGAACAUUUUACUAAAGGUCCAUGUACUGGACAUGGACAUAUUUUUCUACCAGGCGGAACGUGUGGUUGUAAUCCAUUGAUGCCGCAUUAUCACUAUGAGACCAAUCAAUGCUACGAACUAGGAACACAGGGACCAUGCCCUCAAGGUCAUAUUUAUACAAUACCAGAUGAUCAAUCAAAUCAACAACAAUAUCAUCAACCAUUAAAAGCAAAAUGCCAAUGUCGAGAUAAUUAUGUUUUAUGGCAAAAUGAUGGUAUUUGUUAUAGACUUUAUACCCGUGGACCAUGUGAUGCUGGAGAAUUUUUAGUUAAUAGUACGAAUUGCAUUAAAAAUACGUGUGGGAAAGGGCGACUCUUUUUUCCAGAACAAAAAUCAUGUUUCAAAAUUGGUUCUCAAGGACCAUGUUCCUUGCAUGAAGUUGUAAUAUUUGAUUUUACUGCAAAACCAUCAGUUGAUGGUAUUUCUUAUAAUGGUAUAUGCGGUUGUUCGGGUGUAUUGAAGAAUUUAGAUCAACAAUGUACCAAUGCUGCCCUUGAUCCAAACGAGAAUACAUGUGAAUCUUCUCCCGGAAUGGUCGAAUUGAAUGGCAAAUGUUAUAAAUUAUAUACAAGAGGUCCAUGUGGACCAGGUCAAUGGUUAGAACCAUUUAAAAUUAAUGGAGAAUUUAGUGAAAAAUAUAAAAGAAUGACUAGUAGGGCUAAAUGUCAAUGUCGUCCCGGUUAUGAAAAUUAUCAAAAUCAAGAAGAUAAUGGUAAUAUCGUUAAGGGUUGUUAUGCUCCAAAUGUUGGUAUAGCAAGGUAUUUAAAUCAUCAAUAUUCAAACUAUACAUAUAAAUUUCGAAAAAUUUGAAUUUAGUCUAUUAAAUUUUUUUUUCCUUAAUUUGUUUUGUAUAAAUUUAAUAUAUGAAUAUGUGAUAUUUUUAGUACA